GCGCGGCCCAGGGUGAUAGGCGUGGCCGGGGCGGUGCUUGCCAGGAAAUGGCGACGGUCGCAGUAAACAGUGCCAAGCGGGGCCUGCGGACAGAGCUGAAGCAGCGCUUGAGGGCCUUGAGCGCGGAGGAACGGCGGCGCCAGUCUCGCCUCCUCACACAGAAGGUAAUUGCCCACAGUCAGUAUCAAAAUUCCAAAAGAAUUUCCAUCUUUCUGAGCAUGCAAGAUGAAAUUGAGACGGAAGAAAUCAUCAAGGACAUUUUCAAACAAGGCAAAAUCUGCUUCAUCCCUCGGUACCAAUUCCAGAGCAAUCACAUGGACAUGGUGAGAUUAGUAUCACCUGAAGAAAUCGCUUUACUUCCUAAGACAUCUUGGAAUAUUCAUCAGCCUGGUGAGGGAGAUGUUCGGGAGGAGGCCUUAUCCACUGGUGGACUUGACCUCAUCUUCCUUCCUGGCCUCGGAUUUGACAAAGAUGGCAACCGGCUAGGGCGGGGUAAGGGGUACUAUGACACCUACCUGAAGCGCUGUGUACAGCAUCAGGAAGUGAAGCCCUACACCAUGGCUUUGGCUUUCAAAGAGCAGAUGUGUCCCCAGGUUCCAGUGGAUGAGCAUGACAUGAAGGUAGAUGAAGUCCUUUACGAAGACUCCCCAGCAUCUUAAGUUACACCACGGCAGCCACACUUACUGCUCCGGACUGGUGUAAAGAAAAUAUGUGUAUUUUCCUCUUGUCAAAAAUGAGUCAAAAUGGCACAUUAAAGUGAAUAUGGGUUGUGAUUUUUAGUGUAAAAAUAAAAUAAUAUAAAAUCCUCUUUAGAAAUCAAUAGAAAUGUUACUAUUAGAAUAUUAAUGCAAAUGGAGGUGGAAACCCAGUGGUUUUCAGCUUAGCUUUCUGGUGUUAAGAUGGUAAGUUGACCUUUCUGUCUUCUAAUUUAAAUUAGAUAUUUGUGAGUAUUAGAGAAACAGAAAUUGGGUGUGAAUGAAGGCACUGUUUCUUAAUAUCCAGUCUUAGGCCUGAUUGCUCUGGCAUAUGGAGACUCAGCUGUUAUUAAUUGGUUUGGCAGUACUUGGUAUGGAAAGUUAUUAUACCGCCUAAUCAUGACUUCAUUUACUCA